AUGUUGUGGAAAUAUAAAGUUGCGAAGGAGUUCAAAAUUAAACUGAAGGCAGAUACGCUAGCAGUCCAGGGAAUGAAAGUUGCGGCUUGGAUAUUCACCUGUGCGGGUGCGCUUGGCUCGAGCUGCCAUGCUGUGAAAGAUACCAUCGCUAUGGACUGGAGUUAUACAUGCAGUCCACCACUCUCUGUUAGCAUUUGUUCUUGGGGCAUCUCCUGCUUGAAUCCUGUAGACUCGGCACCAACCCAAUGCCAGGGGCGGAUCCAUACUUGGUCAUGGGUGUACAGUUGUACAUCCAAAUCUUUUGGCUAGACAUUUUUAUAUAUGGUGUAUACUUUAAUACAUUCAGUGCCCAAAUGACCUUUCCCGCUAAUGCCAUCUUUGGCAGCAAAAAAUGACGUAGCAAGCAUGAUUUAAACAUCAGACAACACCUACGCAUGUCAUCAGCACCAGAUAAUUAGCAUUUUUCUUGCCCAUGUCUUCAAAUGCAUUGUAUACCAACUGUAUGACUAUGUAGUACAGUACAUAAUCUUUAUUUCUUUUGCCAUUUCUAUAAGUAUUGUCAUUUUCACGGGGAAAAA